AUGAGAUGUCUGAUGAUUUGGGUCUCCAAGCCAGCACCUUACUGGGAAGGAACUGCAGUCAUUAAUGGAGAGUUUAAAGAGCUGAAAUUAACAGAUUAUGAAGGAAAAUAUCUUGUCUUCUUCUUCUAUCCUCUUGACUUUACGUUUGUAUGUCCAACCGAGAUAAUCGCCUUCAGUGACAGAAUUGAAGAAUUCAGAGCAAUAAAUACUGAAGUAGUAGCAUGCUCUGUGGACUCAAAGUUCACUCACUUAGCAUGGAUUAACACUCCUCGAAAACAAGGGGGACUUGGACCGAUGAAGAUUCCGCUUCUUUCAGAUUUGACACACCAAAUUUCAAAGGACUAUGGUGUAUAUCUGGAAGAUCAAGGGCAUACACUUAGAGGCCUUUUCAUUAUUGAUGAUAAGAGAAUCCUUCGGCAGAUCACAAUGAAUGACCUUCCUGUUGGGAGAUCAGUGGAUGAAACGCUUCGUUUAGUACAAGCAUUCCAAUAUACAGACAAACAUGGAGAAGUUUGCCCUGCUGGUUGGAAACCUGGCAGUGAAACA